CCCUUUUCCUUUCUCUCUCUAAAACUCCCUUUGUUUUUAGGGAGAGAAAAACCUCCACCGCCAUGGCUACCCACCGCCGGCGACACCACCACCACCACCAUCAACACUCUCAUAACCGUUUCCGUUACCUUAUCCCUGUUAUUUCCGCAAUUUCGGCUGCUAUUCUUGUCCUGUACGGUUUAAUCUCUCUGCUUGCACCUUCACCUGACCAUCUCCAUCACCUUGUACGACGGACACCGUUCGAUGAUAAUGGCGUUGGUGAUGAUUCACCUCGAGUUACUUCGCUGUUUAAAGUUCCGAUCAGUGGUGGGAGUAAGAUGGUGAGUGAUCGAAGUCUAUGGAGUACACGGAUGUCAAAGUUUUAUUUUGGAUGUAGCAAUGCUAGCAAUAAGUUUCCAAAAGUAGAAACAGUCACAUAUCCCAAUCGAUACUUGCUGAUAGCCACCAGUGGGGGUUUAAACCAACAGAGAACUGGGAUUACAGAUGCUGUUGUUGCUGCACGAAUUCUGAAUGCUACUCUUGUUGUUCCAAAGCUGGAUCAAAAGUCUUUUUGGAAGGAUGCUAGUACUUUUUCAGAGAUAUUUGAUGUUGACUGGUUUAUAUCACAUCUAUCAAGAGAUGUAAAAAUCAUAAAAGAACUGCCCCGCAAGGGAGGCAAGAUUUGGACUCCUUAUAAUAUGCGUGUGCCUAGAAAGUGUAACGAGAGAUGCUAUCAGAUUCGUGUACUGCCUGUGCUUUUGAAGAAGCAUGCUGUUCAGCUGAGCAAGUUUGACUACAGACUUUCUAACAAGUUGGAGACUGAUUUGCAAAAGCUUAGAUGUAGGGUAAACUACCAUGCUUUGAAAUUCACCGAUCCUAUAAAUAAAAUGGGUCAGAAAUUGGUCAACCGAAUGAGGAAGAUGGGCAAGCACUAUGUUGCUCUUCACCUGAGGUUUGAACCUGAUAUGCUUGCAUUUUCAGGAUGCUAUUAUGGUGGUGGAGAGAAGGAAAGAAAAGAACUGGGUAAAAUACGGAAGAGGUGGAAAACUUUGCAUAGCAACAAUCCGGACAAAGAAAGGAGACAAGGAAGAUGCCCACUUACACCCGAAGAAGUGGGUCUGAUGCUGAGAGCACUUGGAUAUAACAAAGAUGUUCAUCUUUAUGUGGCUUCUGGUGAAGUAUAUGGCGGCGAUGAGACAUUGGCGCCUUUGAGAGCACUCUUCCCAAACAUUCAUUCAAAAGACUCCAUAGCCACCAAAGAAGAGUUGGAACCGUUUUCUGCAUUCUCUUCUCGUAUGGCUGCACUUGAUUUCAUAGUGUGUGAUGAGAGUGACGUAUUUGUUACAAAUAACAACGGCAAUAUGGCGAAAAUUUUGGCUGGGAGGAGAAGAUACUUCGGACACAAACCAACAAUACGUCCUAAUGCUAAGAAACUGUAUCGUUUGUUCCUUAACCGAGAAAAUAUGACAUGGGAAGAAUUCUCUUCACGAGUACGUACUCAUCAAAGAGGUUUCAUGGGGGAACCGAAGGAAGUAAGGCCUGGGAGAGGUGAAUUUCACGAAAACCCAGCUACUUGUAUAUGUGAAGACACAGAAGCCAAAUCAAAACUCGAAACUCUCCCUCGGAAAUUCGGCAAGAGUAACCUUGACUUGGAUGAAGUAGUUGCCGAUCAGGACAUUGAAAACGAACCUGAAUCAUCCGACCAGGAUGAAGACGAUGAUCUUAUCGGCCCUCAAUUUCAACAUCUAGUCAACGAUACAAGUAUGGACGAUGAUUCUUUGAUAUCCGAAUCACCCGAACUAGAAGAGCUGCUUUCGGAUUAAUUACUAGAUCCCAGUUUUACCAUCUGUCCUUGUUGCCUGCUUGCAUGCACUCUUUUUGCUGGAAAUCAAGUUAAAGUUUUAGUUCGCGGGAUCGUGUUAAAAGGUUCAAGCCAUGAAGCAUUUGGUACAAUACGUCAACGGCAUACUAGAUCGAUUGUCGUUAAACUGUACAGAAGUUAAAUGCUCUCGGGGGGUUAUGGUAACGACAAAUACAACUUCAAAAUGCGAAUCGGAGGUUCGGUCCCCCUUCCCAUCACUAAUACUAUAAUGUUGAAGGUUUCCUAAUUCAGUUUUCGUUAGAAAUGCACAGUUGGUAUCGAGGUUUAUCCGUGGAUGGAAUCUGUUAAAUAUUUUUUCGUCGUUUUUAUGUAGUUUUUGCAGUAUAUUUGAUGGUAACGCAGGAAUGUAUGAAACCGAUCCCGUUCGGGACCCAUGUUUUUUUUAUAUUUUCUAGUUUCUUUG